AUUCAUAUCUCUAUUAAAUGUUUAUCAUUCAAUAAAAACAAAUUAAUUUAUCAUUGAUUAAUAUAUCAAUCUUUAUCAAGUCUAGACAGAUUGUCAUUUUGUAAAUUGUAGAAUUUUUGUUGUUGCUGUUCUUGUUGUUGUUGAUAAUAAAUGACAUAAAUGAACAAUGUAUCCAACCACUCUAAUGAUCCAUAUAUAUAUUACAAUUAGAUAAGUGUAUAUACAUGUUUAUAUAUAUAUAAGCCAUACCCUAUUUCUUUUCUUUAUGGAUAAAAAGGAAAAAUUGUCAAAUAAUUCAAAUUAUCCAAUAAAAUAAUAGAGAGGAUAUUUAAUCUUUUUUUUUCUUUAUUAAAAAAAAAGAAAAAAAGGGAAAACAAAAAAAGAAAAGAAAAAAAGAGAAAAUUCACAAUCUGAUAUCUUAUUUUUUUUAUUAUUUUAAUGAGAAAUCAAAAUGAGAAUAAUUAUUGAUUUUCUAAUAACAAUCUUCAUCAAUAUAAAUGUCAUAAUUGCUAAUCCAUAUAAUAAUAAUAAUAAUAAAACUAAUUACUUACAUAGUGACAAAACAAUGAAAAAUAAUAAUCCUCAUCAUAACAAUCAUAAAAUAAUUAAUAAUAAUAAUAAUUGUUUUCAAUAUAGAUUUUCAUCAAAUAUACAUAAUCCAUGUUUAAAUUAUACAUGUGCAUUUCAAGCAUGGUGUAUACCAUCAAUAGAUUUUAAAAGACCAACAUGUAUUUGUUAUAAUACAUGUUAUGAUGUAGGUGAUUCAAUAGAUAAAGGACCUAUAUGCGGUACAGAUAAUCGUGAUUAUGAAUCAAUAUGUCAUUUACGUCGUGAAGCAUGUACUAUGAUGAUUGAUUUAAGUAUAAAAUAUAGAGGAAGUUGUGCAUCUAAUCCAUGUUUACAUCAUAAAUGUCGAUGGCAAGGUGAAAAAUGUCAAGUUGAUAUAAAUGGUCAAGCUAAAUGUAUAUGUCCAGAACCUUGUCCAUCGAUUGUAUCUCCAGUCUGUGGUAGUGAUGGAGUAACUUAUGAUAGUACAUGCCAUUUAGAAAGAACAGCAUGUCAAAAAAUGAGAGAAAUUCGUGUAAUUUAUUCAGGAGAAUGCAGUAAGCCAAAUGAUUGUAAGCUGCUUAAUCAACCAUGCCAAGGAUAUGAAAUAUGUUCUCGCAUUAAAAAUCCAAUGGUUUACACUUCGACCAACGGUAAAUUGGAUGCAUCCGUUUAUGACCUUUCAAAUUCUUUUGACGAUACAAUUCCACAGUGUAUAUGCCCUACAUGCCCAGAAUAUGGUCUAGGUGGGCAUGUAUGUGGAUCAGAUGGGCAAACAUAUCGUAGUGAAUGUCAUUUACGAUCAAGCGCUUGUCAACGACAUUCCACAGACUUAACUGUUAAAUCAAGAGGGAAAUGUGAUGCAUGUCAAACCAAACAAUGUAAAUAUUAUGCAAUAUGUCGAUUAAGUGCAUUCGGUGAACCACAAUGUAUAUGUCCAACAGAUUGUCUUUAUGUCAGAAAGCCAGUGUGUGGAACUGAUGGUGAAAAUUAUGAAAAUGAAUGUUUGCUGAAGGUGAAAUCAUGCGCUGACCAACGUGAAGUUCAUGUUGCUCAAGAAGGAUACUGUCGUCCAUGUACAGCUGGUUGUCCACUAGGUUUUCAGUGUCGUAAUGGUCAAUGUGUAUGUCGAGAUACAUGUCCACCAAAGCAUCCAACUGAACUUGAUGUAUGCGGUACAGAUGGAAAAUUAUAUUCAAGUGAAUGUGAACUUAAACGUCAAGCUUGUAUUCAACAAACUAAUAUAGAUGUAGAUCUAGCUGGUGUCAGAUGUCGAAGUAAAAAUCCAACUGCUCUACAAGAUACAAAUAUGAAAACGUCAGGUAACAUACAAGCAGAUGGUGUAAGAUUAUCCAGUUGUACAUGUAAUAAACUUGGUGCACUUUCUGAAGAAUGUGAUUAUUUAGGUAAUUGUAGAUGUAAAUGGGGUGUUGGCGGUUUAAAAUGUGAUCAAUGCCUUGCAAAUUAUUGGGGUAUACAAAAUAAUCAUGAAUGUAUACCAUGUUCAUGUCAUCCACUUGGUUCAACUGAGACAACAUGUAAUCAAGCAACUGGUCAAUGUAACUGUCGUACUGGUGUUGUUGGACGACAAUGUUCAAUGUGUCCAGAUGGUAGUCAAGUGACAGAAAAUGGUUGUAGUGUUAAAGGACAAAGUGAAGAUAUCAAGUUUGAAAAUGAUAAAGAACAACAUUUACUACAGGCAACUGAAUUAAAUCAGACUAACACAUUGAUUUCCCAAUUACCCGACAAACUAACCGCAGAAAAUAACAACGAGGAGGAUGGACGACUAUUUACCGAAACAACUACACUUCUUGCUCGCAUACCAUUUCAUAUCGAUCAACCAACCGAAAUACAAAUGAUUUUAAGUUUAGAUAAAGGUAAUGGAAUGCUUUUACAUUAUCGUGCACCUCCAAGUGAACAGGAACAAAUGAUUUUACGUGAUAGACAAGAUCAUCAAUUCAGUAUGGCUAUUUCUAACUGGAGAGUUGUGUUAAAAUAUAUUGAUGGUGGUGUUCCAAAUCGUAUCCUACUUGUUUAUAGUAAACAUAAUCUUACACGAAAUACCAAGCAUAACAUUCAAACAGGUAUUGUAUCAGGUAGACCAUGGAUAAAAAUUGAUACGUUCAGCAGAACAACUAAUCAAGAUGUAAUUGAAAAAUGGGCUGAUACUCAUCAAUCAGAUAAUCAACCUACAGUUGGUAGUCUUGAGACUAUAGUAAUUGGACGACAAAUCAAAAUAGGUAGUCGAAGUAUUUCAGAUGUGAAAGAACAUACCGAUAUUCAUGAAGAUUAUGGAUUUUCUGGAUGCUUAAAUAAAAUGAUUAUUAAUGCUGGUUCACCAAUGAAACAGUUUAGUUUAGAUCUUUUGGAAGCUAUAAAUACAAAAUUAGCUUGGUUAGGAAUUGAACCUAACCCAUCAACAGGUCACAGUGAAGCACCAUUAUGUUCAUCAUCAAUUAAAGCAUUAUCAUCAAUUACAAAUGAUAUAUCUCAUAGUGAUACUAUUGAAAAUAUUCCACCUUUACUACAAUCAGAUCAAGUUCAAAGACAUGAUAAUGUAAUUAAUCAAAACGUUCAUACAUUAUCUAAUCACAUUCAAACUAAAAAAUGUGAAAAUUAUGGAAUUGGAUCAAUUGGAUCAGAUGGAAAGUACACAUGUAUCUGUCAGCCUGGAUGGCAAGGUGAUGUCUGUGAACAAGCGGUAACUAUUAUACCACAGUUUUCUGGAAAUGGAUUUAUUCGUUUAGCUGGUCCAACGGGAAAACAUGCAAUAAAACGCAGAAAGUUACAUAUUGAAUUAAUUUUCUUAGUAACACAACCGUCAGGUUUACUACUUUUAAUUCCACCUAAAUCUCCUCAACAUGGUCCAUUUAUAGCAGUUUAUUUAGAUGAACAGAAUUAUUUAAAUGUUGUCUGUCGAACUGGUACUGGUAAAGGAAAAUUAGUCAAUGAAAAUAUUAUCCAAUUAAGAUAUAAUAAACCAGUAUCAUUAAAUCAAUGGAAUACUUUAAUUAUUGAUAAACUGCAAAAAGUGCUACGUGUUGAAAUGAAUGGGAAUAGAAGACAACGUGUAUCACUUAUCCCAUCACAAUUUAUUCAUCUACAAAAUCAGCUUCUAAAAGAGUUAACUAAUUUCGAUUUAUCUUCAAGUCCAAUCUAUCUUGGUGGAUACAAUUUUUAUGAUCAAACAACUUUAAAUUAUAUACCGAUUAGAAAUGGUUUACAUGGAACAAUUCAAAGAAUUAACAUAAAUGAAGCAGAAGUUGUACUAGCAGGUCCAUCUCCUGCAGAUAUGAUGAAUACACCAGAGGAACAAGGUAAAUUACCACAUUUAUUCGAAAAAUGGGCAAAUGUAUCUCAAUGGCAAGGUUUACCAUGUGGUCCACAAUAUUCACCAUGCCAAUUGGAUCGACCAGAUAGUGUAUGUCGUCCAAAUAUUGAGCAUGCUACAUGUGCUUGUACAACACCAUUACAAAUGAUGCAUCUUAUGAAAGGACGAUUAGAUGAAGAAACUAAUGAAGUUGAACAACAAGCUUGUUUGCAACGAAAAAUGGAACUAUCUAGGUUAAAUUCGGCGUUAUCGUCCAGAAAUGACGGUCAGUUACAAUACGAUGGUCCAAAUCGUGCACCUUCAAGAGAAAUAUACAAUGAACCAGAUGAAGAACUGCCACCAGUUGAUCCAGCAAGAGAGAUUUUAAUCAACUUCGGUGGUUUAACAGUUUAUAAAUAUCGUGGACUUAUAAGAUUCACGUCAGAUUUUAAUAUUCGUCUCCGUCUACGGACAAAUAAAAUGAACGGUUUAAUUUUAUUAAUGGUUGAACAAGAUUCAUUGAAUCCUCAACAUGAUCUAUCAUCAUCAUCAAUUUUAAAUCAACCAGUAACACAAAUUACAACUAAUUCAGAAUUUGUAUCAAUCGUAUUACGUAAUGGUCGUGUUGAAUUAUUAUUGAAUUUAGUUACUUCAAGUAAAACGAAAGAUCAAUCUUGGAAUAUAAAUAAUAAUGAAAAUGAUAAUCCAAUAUUUAAUCGUCUUAUGCCUAUUCAAGCAAGACAUAAAGUAAACGAUGGUGAAUGGCAUAUGAUACAAGCUAUGGGGAAUAAACAACGAGCAACCUUAUUCGUUGACAAUCACAUGGUUUCUGGUGAAUUCACAGGUAUUUCAGAUUAUGAUACUCCCCCGGUGAGAGAUGUCUAUCUCGGUGAGUCACUAAUAAUCUCCUCCUUGAAAAAUAAGUUGCUAAUUCUUAGUUACGAUAACCACAGGUUACACUUAGGGAAAGUUGAUAUUUGGAUAUAUAGUUUCUGGCACUUAGCCAUAGGGGCUUAAAAAAGUAUUAUUCUUCCAAAAAUCACACAUUCAUAUGAACAUUUCUUCGGGUAUCACUUCAUCAAAGAGUAGUAACUAAUGUCAAAGACUAUAUCCCAGAGAUUCAUUGCACUCUAGCAUUCCUAAUUAAUUUUUAGCGGUAAAUUAAUGUAUGGAAUUCAAUACUAUACUAUUCUGUAGUGUCGUUUGAGAAGGUAGCUAUGAGAGUAUCUAUGAUUAACAUAAAACUCUUAAACUACUAUUUCUAAAUGAACAGAUAUUUCAGCAUAUGGUAACUAACUUUCUUGCUGUAUUUAAUAUGUCACGGUAUUUAAUAACUACCAGUAAGUAAAAAUCUAAGAGUAAUGACUAAUUGAGUUCACUUUUCAAUCGAUUACUAAACUUCUCAUCUGAAAAAAAUAAAAUCACUUUCUACAUUUCAGUAAAUUUCGUAAACUACAGCAUUAAAUAGGGUAUAAGCAAAAAUCUAACUAAUCAAACUACAAAUGUAAACUAAGAAAACUUGGCAACUCUGGACUACUGAUUCAUUCAAGUUUAGAACUCAUCAGUAGUUUGCACCGACGUUCCUACAUAUACUCGGGUAUACAAUUUAAAAAAGAAUAUACAAAGUAAAGGAAAAGUAGUCGCCUGUUGUUAUUAUGUAUUAAUGGCAAACUAAUGUUUGAGAUCAAGUAUGAUAAACAAAAAGGAUAAUCAAACCAGAAAACAUCUGUUUAGGUAGUAAUUGAGCGCUUGUCAAAAACCAAGUGAAACGAAAAACCCUCUUAGCUGGAAUUCAUGUGAAAAUUAUGACAAGUGACUGGAAAAUGUAGGUUAUAUGUUUCAAAACUUAUCACAAUGAUCUAGACUUAAGGCUAUGAACUUCUGAUCAAGCUAUUGACAAUCUUAUUUACGUCUAAAAUAAACUUAAUACAAAUAGUUUAAGAGUAAAUAUCGUCAAGCAACUUCAAACCAGUUCCAACUUUUUGAUUGUCAAUUUCUUUCUCCAACUAUUUCAUUUUAUUUUUUUGAUCAGAUCCUACUAUUUUAUGCGAGUAAUUCAUCUCACUUCAAAAAGACUUGAUAGUCAUUAUUGAUGAAUUCAUUUGUACUGAUUGUUUGAAAUUUCCCGUCGAUGUUAUAAAUUGAAAUUUAUAAGCCAGUAACUAGUUGAACUCAUUGAACUUAGUCGAGAACACAUUAUGCUAGAAUCAAGUUCCUCUAUAAUCAUCUACACUAAAAUCUAAGUACAUUCAGUUAAAGGUUCCCAAAAAAGACAAAACUCUCAUCCUAUAUUCUAACACAAGCCAUUAUUCAAUUAUACUUAUAAACAUUAAUUUUAAAUCCUCAUUACUUUUUUUUUAAAUUUUCUUCCAAAAGGUGGGACAUUAUUUAAUAUUAUU